AUGAUCGGCAGUAGUGCCCCAGGGUCGUCAACUGUACCAAUCGUUUUAGCGCCAUCUCGAUUCAACCACCGAUUCGAACGAACCACUGUGGACUCUGAACCAAUUCAGUUGGAAGUUGAGAAUCUGGAUCAAGCACAGGCAAGCAAAACAGUAAUCUGUGGCAUUUGUAAGAACAAGCAGUCGCGAUAUAUGUGCCCACGGAGUCAGAUUACAUACUGCUCGGUCGCAUGUUUCCAGCAGUUGCCAUCAUCGAGCACCGAAGCCUUUUAUGAGAAUCGUGCCCAGUCCAUUUUGCAGCUGGAAACCAAGGAACAUGAAGAAGGCACCCUUCGCAUGUUGAAUCGGCAAUAUCAGCAGCAACGUGCAGACGAAGAAGCAGGAGUAGAAAAGGAAGAAGAAGAUGACGUAGACUUGAAAGAAUUGAAAGAGCUUCUUUCGAUGGUCAUGACAAUGAACGAAGAGCACGACGGAAAUGAGGAUGAUUCCAAACGGGAAACCAACGCAAAGCACUCGUUAGAAAAGUUGUUGUCUUCCAUGUCACCUUCGUUGCGGGCUGCUUUUGAACGAGACUUACAAAAUGGUAAUCUGCAAAACUUGGCCCUGCAAGAAUGGCACCCAUGGUGGCGACGAGAAUUUGGGAAUGGAAACAGUGACGGCAUGGAGGAGAGUGGUGAAGAAAUUAUUGCGGUCAGCAAUGUCCAACCAACCAAGACGUUGGAUGAACGCCUUUUGAAAAUACCCAACUUCAAUCAACUUUCCAAGAAACCAAAUCCGCAAUUGCUCUUCCAUGUUCUGGAUAUUGUGUAUUCCUACUGCUGGACACUUCGUCUCUUUCAUGGACUGUCAAAUAUCAUCGCUCCUAAAAGUGUAAUAUCAAACUCACAGGACUCCCCCGCUUCCGAAGCAGUGACAACUUUUCUAUCACACUCUGAAGUUCUGUACCAGCAGGGAAGGCACCAAUAUAGUAGCUUGGAAGAGGUGUUGAUUAAAUGCACUGCGGCUUCCACCAAAGCCAAGGAUGAAUGCAACACAAACUGGAAUGUCUUGGUAGAAGAUUGCUCCUUGAUAUUUUCCUCCCGCCGCUCUGUGGCACGGUCUCUGGUUGAAGCUAUUGACAUGAUUCAAGCCGCAGUGCAGGAUUGUAAGAAGCAGCGAAAAGAGAAAGGUCCAGAGUAUCAAAUCGAACAACAGAUUCAGACUCUGCGAAAGGUUCGCAAAAAGUUGGUAUUCCUGGUAGCUUGGACGAAGCAAGCAGCUGAACUAGAAGGGCAGGAUGAUAUUUCUAUUUCCAUACAAAUCGAGGAAUGGGGUCGGUAUUGGCAGCACUCCAAUGGCGAUGAGGAACUCCACGAAUUACAGAUUCCCACCGAGACCAUUUUGAGUUCACCAUCGGACAAAAAGGCUAGUUCAGAACAACACGCCGCAACCCCAUGGAUGACGAUUGCUGAAACAAGACCGAAAUGA